GUGUCUGAUUGUGUGCCUGAGUGUAAAUAUAGGAAUAUGGACCCGCUGGCUAUAUGCUAAUCGAUGACUGUACUUACUUAAUCGUGGAAUUUUAUAUUUGUUUUAUUUACUGUAUCGCCCCCGAGCCAAUUAAAACCACGUACAAUUAAUUACUGCCAUUUUGUACCUACAGUAUUGGUUACACGAGAGUGUGGUGAAGUGAGGCAACCUGAUAUCAUAACUACCAAGCUUUUGUUGGGACUGGGACUGAGUCGUUUUUUAUUUUAUUUUUUAUAUCAAGUUAAGUUUAGUCUUCAUCAUGCCUAAAGGAGGGAAAAAAGGUGGCCAUAAAGGUCGCAUGAGAACCUACACAAGUCCUGAAGAAAUAGAUGCUCAAAUGAAAGAAGAAAAAGAAAGAAAAAAGAAUGAAGAAGAAGAAGGUGCAGCAGUGAACGACAACCAGAGUGAGGACAAACUGACAGCAUCAGGCUCAGAAGACAGUGACGACGACGGGUCUCAGAAAAGGAAGGGUGUUGAGGGAUUGAUAGAGAUUGAAAAUCCUAAUCGAGUUGCCCAAAAAACAAAGAAAGUCACAGAGAUAGAACUUGAGGGUCCCAAACAGCUUUCCAGAAGAGAAAGAGAAGAGAUUGAAAAGCAAAAGGCCAAGGAGAGGUAUAUGAAAAUGCAUUUAGCAGGAAAGACAGAUCAAGCUAAAGCUGACCUCGCUCGACUCGCCAUUAUUAGAAAACAACGGGAGGAGGCGGCACGGAAAAAAGAAGAGGAACGUAAAGCAAAAGAUGCAGCGGCGGCGGCAGCAGCAGCGGCUAAAGGACUACACACGUUGUCACUUAAAUAAUCCGAAUAUUGGAUUCUUAGAGGUUUUAAUGCAUUUGUGGACAGUAUACAAUUAUAUUGACAAUGUUAUUUUUGAAGACAACGCAAAAGAUGAUGCGGUAUGCUAUGUAAGAUGAUAUAAAACUAUGUUCCAUUGAAAAGGAAUAUUUCAGAGUAUAUUAACCCAGAAACAGGCAUUUAAUUGUCCGAAAAAAAUGCCUUUGUGAAAGUGCUGAUGCUUUCACUAAAGUGGCUAAACAAAUCUUAAUGCUUGCUUUCACUCAGUGAUAUUAGAAAUAUAGACAUAUUUAUUAAUAUAUUAACAUAUUGCCACAUGUAACUGAGUGGACUUGGCUGUCUCAGUUUAAAGGAUCACUGUAAGAAUAAAAACAUCUGUCCUCAGUUGUAAAGGACCUGGUGUAAUUAGAAUGAUGUUCUGAUGGUAUUCUCUUCAAAUAAUGUAAAGAAUAACAUACCAAUAAAAUGCCAGAACUUUUUAUUA